AGUCACAUGACAGUUGCUGUCAGCUGGGCAGGACGCUGCAAAGAUGGUGAUAUUCAGUGUGUAUGUUGUGAACAAGGCUGGAGGUUUAAUUUACCAAUAUGAUAACUACGUCCCGCGAAACGAGGUGGAGAAAACCUUCAGCUACCCUCUGGACCUAGUGCUGAAGCACCACGACGAGAAGGUCGUCGUGUCGUUUGGACAGCGAGACGGAAUCAGAGUGGGCCACGCAGUGCUGUCCAUCAAUGGAGUUGACGUGAUCGGGAAGAACACGUCAGAUGGAAAGGACAUCCUCGAAUACCUGAAAGAUCCUGCAAAUUAUCCCGUGUCUAUUCGCUUUGGACGGGCGCGCCUGAGCUCCAACGAGAAGCUGAUGCUGGCGUCCAUGUUCCACUCGUUGUUUGCUAUAGGUUCACAGCUCUCCCCUGAAGUUGGCAGUUCAGGGAUCGAGAUGCUAGAAACAGACGUCUUCAAACUUCACUGCUUUCAGACUCUUACAGGGAUAAAGUUUAUCGUGCUGGCGGACCCACGGCAGUCUGGUAUCGAUGCGCUGUUGAGGAAGAUUUAUGAGAUCUAUUCAGAUUUCGCCCUUAAAAACCCGUUCUAUUCUCUGGAAAUGCCAAUCAGAUGUGAACUCUUUGAUCAGAAUCUGAAGAGUGCACUGGAGGUUGCAGAGAAAGCCGGCAGCUUUGGAACCGGGUCUUAAACGGAUACAUUCACAGACUGGAAAGAAAUGUGGACUUUUUGCUGUUUUGGACUUUUUUUUCCCCCCAUAUUUGCUUAUUAACAAACUGUAAAUACAUUAUUUUGUAAAUAAUUCAGAAAUUAAAAUACAUACUGUAUUUGAA